AUGAGGACAAACCCUCAUGAAGAAGACAAACGCGAAGGGUUAUUAAACCAACUACUAACCUUGUACGCUCCGUCAGAGGAUGUAGACCCUGGUGACUGUGAACAAGAGGCAGAGGACAAACUACUCAGCCAGCUAAAUAAAGAAUACGAGUCAGAAGACUCUGUUGGCAACAAGAUCGCAAACAGUCAGUUGGCCAAACUAGUUGCUAAGAUGUUCCAUUCCAAAAUGGCGGACAAAACUUUGCAAGAAAAAAUGGAUCGCCAUGCGAGACCAGCCGAAUAUGAAACUGUAAAAAACCAACACAUGUCAACACAGGUAUUUAUCGUCGCCUGUGGGAAUACACAAAGAAACGUGACUUUAAUCUUUACAAAAUACAACAAGUUUUAAUAAAAGGCAUUGUACCUGUUAUUAAAAUAGACCUUUCCAAGGUUAAGGACGCCAUCUUGAAUCUAUUGUUUUCACCAUUGUGUUUGCACCCCUUGCAAAUUUACCUAUAGGGAAUUCCAUUGUAUUUGCACCCCUUGCACUAUUGUGUUUCAUGAUGGCAUCGUUAACCUUGGAAAGGUCUAUAGCCGACCUAUGUAUGUUGGGAGACUUAAAUGGAGAUAAGGCACAGCAAGUGAAAAGACUUGCCUUAGAAUCCUUGUCACUCCUUACACAUACAAAUUAUGAAUUGAAUAUUAAAAAAAAAAUGUUUAUGAAACCUGAUAUUGGCAAGGAUUAUACUGCCCUUUGCUCGCCACAGCUGCCCUUCACUGAUUGGUUGUUUGGCGAUGAUUUGCAGAAACAACUUAAGAACAUUGGGGAUGAGAACAAAAUAGGCGCUCAUGUUCUUCCCACUCACAAAUCUUCGUAUCAUGGGAACACUGGUAGCUUUAAUACUACCCAGUCAGUCACACCUUUAAUAAGGCGUCAAAAAACUUCUGGGGCCAGAGGUUCUCCAAAAGUAGGAGAGGCUCCUGGGCCAGAGCUUCUCCAAGAGGAGGAGAGAUCGGCAUUGCAAGACCAGCCAACUGUGAAACCAACACAUGUCAACAUGGGUAUUUAUCGUCGCCUGCAGGGAAAGCAGAGAAAGGCACAGAGUUAUACAUCGCGUACAUGUUGUCUCGUGCACAUUUGGAGGAAGCUGCAAAGGAAGAGGAAGGCGAAUACAAAAUUUUGCAAUUGCACCCUGGAAAAUGGAUGAAUUAAAGAAACAGCUUCCGACCCAGUAUUGGCUAAGCUGAUAACCACCAUCAUUGAAAGAAACAGACCCAGAGCUACAGGUAUUCUUUAACUUUAGAGAGCAACUUUUAUAGUUGCACAGUUUUUAAUUAGGAUUAGAAUAUUUUCAAACAUUCAAUGACUAGCAUUUUUUUAAUCAACUUUCAUCGAGUGUAGAAAGCCAAAACGUGCCAAAUUUGAAUUGAACAUGGAAUUUUACAAGAUGACAUUGUUUUUAAAGGUGAAAAGAUUGUGGUUCCAUCUACUUUGAGAUCUGACUAUCUCAACCAGAUCCACCAAGGACAUCCUGGUUUAGAAGCAAUGAAGAACAGAGUGUGUGAUAUAUUCUCUGGCCAGCAAUGUCAAAAGGACAUUCAAACCUUGUUGUCGCUUUGUUCUGUUUGUAAUGCCUACCGACGCCAUCAACAAAAAGAGCCCCUUAAGAUUCAUGAAGUUCCAGUAUGACCUUGGUCUAUUGUUGCGUCUGAUCUCUUCACAUGGAACAGAACAGAUUAUCUUAUGACAGCAAACUCAUAUUGGUUGGUUCGAGUUAAAUACUUUAAACUGGAACAUCAUCCAGGAUAGUUCUACAGAAGUUGAAAGUGCAUUUUUUGAGAUUUGGAAUACCAGAUGAAUUAUUUACAGAUAAUGGCCCUCAGUAUUCAAGUUUGGAAUUUAAGGAGUUCUCCAACGAAUGGGGUUUCAUCCACAAAACCAGCAGUCUUGGAUUUCCCCAAAGGAAUGGCCUGAUCUAGAGAGCAGUUCAAACAGCCAAGAGAUUGCUGGAUAAGUGCAAAUGUGACAGAACUGAUCCUUACGUAGCACUUCUCAACCUAAGAAACACACCACAUGAUCAAGUUGUUGGUUCUCCAGCACAACGUCUUCAAGCCAGAAGAUUGAGAUCCAAGUUACCAACAGCUUGUCCAUUGCUGGUUCCAAAAGUGAUUGAUCCUCGGCCAGUAAAUCAGCAGUUGUUGCAGAAAAGAUUACAGCAGAAGAGAUAUUUCGACAAGUCAGCACAUCCUUUACCAAGUCUUCAAAUCGGUGAUAAA